AGGCGAAGACGAAGGGAGGGGAGAAUGGUAGGAAAAGCGGGAGAAUGGUAGGAAAUGCGCAGAAAGGGGACGACUGGCACAGAAUAGUUUAACAGGUUGUGGUUACGAGUGUUCGCUGUCUCCCAUUGGUUCCCCACCCGUACUUGAGUACACGUUAGGUUAACUUAAUUUUCAUUCGUGCUCCCACCACUACCGCUUUCUCCCUUUUCGCGUCGCCCUUCCUUUUUCUUAGCAUCAUCUCCUUCUAUUUGUUAUUAUCCGUUCGUCCGCUUGCCUUGGACUGCCUCACUGACCGCCGUCACGUCGAAAUACUUUUUAUAUUUGCUGGGUUCCUUGCGAAAGAUCUGAACACUGAUGCAUCAUACACGUGCGUAAGUAUACAUCACGCAUAUGUACAUGUAAAAGCAUAACAAGAACCUCCCUCCCCCUCCCCGACGCGGCAAGAGCAAGUAGAAGAGAGGAGGGGAGGGAGCAGCAAGAGAACAAGAGAAAGAGAGAGAAGGGGAGGGGGGGGGGAAGAUAGGGAGGAAUAUUGGAUGGUGGGAGAUAGGAGGGGAGGGAGAGUAAUAAUCCCGCCGUCUGGAACGGCAAACGGCGCACGCUACCUCACGAGCGCGCGCGCGCGCGCGUCUUUACAAAACGACGUAUCUGAAAAACUCUGAACUCGUCCUCAACAAUUCAUACAAGAGUUAAUUAUCCUGCCGCUCGUGCGCGAUCGACGUCACCUACAUCUUUUGCUACUACCCCCCAUAUCGGGUACCUCGGUACUAAUAAUAAACUUCAGACUGGACGCGGAACAGGGCGACGGAUCAUAGCCGUGGCUGCCGCCGGGGAAUGCACAUCACGUCACUGAUCCCGUUUGAACUGUUUGAAGCGAAAACGAGUGUAGUAGUGCCGUGUAUACACGGACCGACCACAGAAGUGAUCAUGUCAUGAUACCGUCGCGUCAUGUCGUAAUCAUGUGUAAGAGAAAAUUUACUCACGAGCAAAAGCGCGGGAGUAAUCGUAUUCGCGUGACGGCAUCUAGGCAAGGAAGAUCGAUCACUUUUUUUCUUUUAUGUUGAUCCGCAGCUGCGACGCGGCUGUGGUCCGUGCGACGAAAUGAGAGGUCUCGAUUCUCUCUCUCUUUCUCUCUCUCUCUCAGUUCUCACACCCGCUGUCUCCCGCCGAAUGCGCCAAGAAAGCGCGCGUAAUUAAUUGACUUUACCUACCGUUGAACAUUGUUUGCGUUUACCGAUUCGAAAGGUUAUUAAAGAAAUGUCAAGUCGCCGGUGUCGCGUAUAGUUUAUCUCAAUCUUCUUCUUGUGCUCCGGUUUGUUAUGAAUCCAACGCGGUCAUUCGUGCGGCUACCGAAAGACCGCCCGCUUCUCGAAUUGGGGAUUCAAUUGAGAAUAAUCACCAAAUUUCGGGUUUCAAUGAGAGCAACCGGUGAUAGUGCGCGCGUAUUAGUAUUGGCCAAUAAUCGCUGAUAGUACGCGAUGUUCGUGCCGAUUAUAGCGUCCGAGAUUGUUCACCCAAGGAUAAGCCGAUGUUGACAACAAUGUCUGAAUUUAAAUUUUCUGCAAAAAAUAAGAUGUAUGAGGACGGCGCUGUGGAGCUGUUGCAAAAUUUCGACGUUAGCGAGGACACUCCCAACUUGUCGAACGACAGCUUAAACGAUCAGCACUUGCUUUUGGAUUGUGACAUUUGCGGUGAGCGUUUUACCUCGAAGAAACCGCUGCGUGUCCACAUCAACACUCAUCUGAGGAAACUCCGUAUUGUCCUCAAGAGGGUAGCGAAUCCGAAAGUGGUGAAGGUGAAAAAGGAAACGUACUGGCUGGAUCCAGAGAAGACCGGUUUAUUGAAGUUGACCCUGAAGAAACAAAACGUAGCUGCCGAAUCCUUGAAACUUACCUUGAAGAAGUCCUCGGAAUCGGAAGAUUUCACUGUAGUGAACAAUAACUGUUAUCCUGUUAUUCAGUACUAUCAACAGAGAGACGUGGCAGGUGCUAAGGAAAAUGAUCCAAGAGGUGAUAAGGCAGCGGAGAACUCAAUCAACGAACCUUUCGAAAACGUGAUGGUGGACCAACAAGAUGAUUACGACAAUGUCAAGUUGGAUACCGACCAUCAAAAUCCUCUGGAAGAUAAUGAAAGACCGUCCACAGAUAUCAAUGAGAGCGACUCUGAUGUAGGGAGUGAUAUGGCAAAUCCAUCUGAGAAGGACGAUCAAAAUGUCGAUGAUACACCAAAUACCGAUAACUGUGACAGUUCUGAAAAAAGGCUUUCAGAAUCUGAAGAUCAUGAGGAUACAGACACUUUGGAAGCGACAUGCAGAGAAACUAUUGAAAAUUUGAAAAAACUCGGUGAACAAUCAAGUUCCAGAUCGGCUAGUCAACUAAUUGACAAUUCGUCAGUAGAAGAAGAAGACGACAGAAGUGAAUCUAAUAUAAUACAUAAUCUUGAACAGAAUCCUUCCAUCAGCAUUAAUCCAAAGUCUUUCACAUUUCCUAAUCAUGCAACUGAACGCACUCCGGUAUGCAAUAAUGAAGAUAAGAAUAGAGAAUCGACUGAUGCAUCGCAAACACAAAAUUUCAACUGGAAUCAACUAUCUGAUUUAUCAAAUAAGAGCAAUGAAGACUUCAAUAAGGAAGAUAGUGAACAACAGGAUACUUGCAACGAUGCUAACAUGGAUAAUGCUGGAUCGAUUUUGCAAAGCUUUCUCAUUGAACAUCAGAGGCGCAAUCCAAAUGAAGUGUCGUUGUCAAACAAUAUGUCAUCUAGCGAAACAGCAGAGUACGUGCCCCUUGAAAAAUUAGCGGAAACUGUCAACACAUGUCGUGUUUGUAAUGAAAAAUUCAAAGACAUUGCCCAUCUAGAUGAACACCGUAGUAAAGCCGGUCAUUAUCAAUGUAAUAUACCAGAAUGCACCAAUCUCAUCUUCCACUCUAUGGUGGAGGUAUCGAUACAUCGAGCACAGGUACAUGGUACCCCACUCUCGCCGAACGUGAGCCAACUAUCGCCUCAUCAUUUGCCGUCGAACGCAAAUACAUCACACUUGGGCCAAGCCACACAUUCGCCUCAUGCCGUUUCUGCCCCGUCCAUAGAGGUAUCGUCAACGAAUGGUCCGCAUCCACUCAGUAGGACUUCGCCCUUAACGUCGCCACAUCAGACGCAUUCACCGACAUUUAAUGCGGCUGUGGCAGCAGCGGCAACAGGCGGUGCUACUAGCCAACAAAUGCAAAUACCGCCGGUAAACUUUGAACAACUACCACCACCCGUACAGCAACUGGCCCAGCAAGUGCAGCGUAUGCCUCUUCCACAGACGCAAAUGCCCCCUAGUCUUCCUCCAGGAGCCAACACAAUGAUACCUGCACCAAAUUAUUUUGUACAACCACCAGGACGACCACCACUGUAUAGAGUACCUGGACCACAAGGAAUACAUUAUCCACCCCAUAUGACGCAUUUGUAUCAAUAUCCUCCUGGUCCAUAUCCUCAAAUACCUGCACCUCCUCCACAAAUGCAUCCCCAAAUACCCCAACAAGUUCCACGGGGACGGUAUCCGUCGGCAUCUGUUGUUCAAAAUAGCAGGGCACCGAGGUUACCACAAACCACGGGUCCAGUUCCUCGUCAGCGCAUGAAAAGGCCUUUGCAACCUAUAACGCAACAAAAUAACGCUUCUGCAAAACAGAGGCGAAUGGAUGUUCUAUUACCUGAUAGAAAUGAAGAUGCAGACUGCCAUGUCAUAGCUCAACAGAAAAGAAAUGAUGGACUACCUGUUAUUCAAAAUGUUCAAGGAGCUACCACGCAACAAACUAAUAGAAAUGAUUCUACGAUACAUCUCACAGAUUCAAUCACUUUAAGUGUUCGGCAACCUGGUUCCAUCCCAGCUCAAGUCCAGAACACGUCGAACCCGGGAGGAAAGAAAUCCGAUGCCAAGGCGGUGGCGAAUGUCCUCGCGGCUCGAGGUAUAACCGUUACUCCAGCUGCAAAUAAAAAUAAGACAAGUGAACAAAACAAACAGCAAAUACCUUCCCAGCAGCAGCAGAGGCCAUCACCUUCACAGCAGCCUUUAAAUGUUACAGCGCUCAAUCUGAAUUCUGCUAUUUCUAUCAUACCAACUAGUUCACAAAGAAAGCAACAAGAAGGGCAGUUUGCUGUUCCACAAAACAAGCAAAACAAAUCGCCAAUCAAUGACCAAGUCGAGCGACCUCCAAGACCACCAACAGUGGAUCUAACGCAGGAUACUCCACCGCAGAUGCCAAUAGUUAGACGUGGUCGACCGCCUAGAGCAUUAUUAACGUGUCAGGUAUGUGAUAAGAAUUUUCAAAAUCAAGAUAUGUUGACGCAGCAUAUGGCAACUCAUCGAACGACCAGCAAAUUGCUUCACAGGUGUAACCUUUGUCCAGCUCAAUAUCCCACAGUUCAGGCGUUGACAACGCACAAACAGACUUACCACAAGGAAGUUGAUACCGUGGCACAAAACGGAGGCACGGAAUUGGCUUUGCCUGUCGUGGAUUUAAAGUCGCCACAUGUCUUAAAUCGUUUGGCGAACUUGGGGAUUCAAAAUUACAUACCCUUGUCGCAGUUAAGUGCUCAAACCGGUGGUUACUUCGGCUUACCGAUAAUUACAAUAGACGGUGCGAGAAAUACAAGCAGUUGCAAUCUGGGUGCGCUUGGUGCUACCUCUAUAUUAAGUCUCGGUCCUCUUAAACAUAUAUCGAAUGGGUAAUUCGACAAAUUCGCAUUCGGCCUAUUUUACGUGUGCAAUCACACUUUCCCUUGGUUAUUAUUCUUCUACUAAAGUUGUUUUACUUGUUACUGUAUUGUCAAUGACCAUGACACACGACAUGUCUUGAUUUCUGAAGAGAAAACCGUGAUAUAGUUUAAGUAAAGUCGUCAUAUAAUUGCGACAUUUUUAUAUAUAAAGAAUAUAUUAUUGUGAUAUACACAAUGUUCUUUAUAUGAGAAAUGCGAGAUUUAUUUGUGAAUUUUUUUAUCUUAUGAAAAGAAAAUCGUUGACGGCUGACUUAGACAUAAAAUUUGUUAAUUUAUAUUUAUAGACUUAAAGCAAUACAGUAUUCUUCGCAUAAAACUUUUCUGAUUAAAAUUAUACCACAUUUUGAUAAACUAAGAUUUUAAGGCCCAAAUAAUCUAGAAAAUUAACCCUUUUGCUACAGCAGAGCACUAAUCGAGGAAAUGCUAUCGUCGUACGGAAAAACCACAAGUUUUUUGUUUACUUUGCCGCGGAUAAAAUAUUUAUUUAAAUUCAUUACUUUGUGAUAGUGCGACAGAUUCUAAAAUUAUCUUAAAUAAUUUUUUUAUUUGUUCUGUAUAGACAAAUACAUAUUUUGUGAUCCAAACACACGUACAGUGUAUUCCGAAAUGUAUUGAUAGUACUAAAAAAUCCAUAGUUCACACUUAAGUUUUCAAUAUUAUCAUACAUUUUGGAACAUACCAAAAUCAUUUUUUUAAAGAAAUCUUUAAGAUAUCUCAAUAUCUUCGAUGUCUUGAACUUUUAAAAAAUCUUUGAGACAUGUUUUUUUAGCAUACUUAUUUGGAAACUUAUUCUCAUUUUAACUUUGCCCACGGUAGAUAGUAUCUGUUGUGCAUUAAGGUUAUGGCACACAAAAACUUAAGCAAUAAAACAUAAACAAUUAAGAAAUCAACAUGUUGCUGCUACUUAUGUUAUUAACUUACAGUUCCUAACCGUGAUUGGCCAAUUCAUUUACUGUUUACGUUUUUGUGUGUUAUAACCCUUAUAGUGGGUGUUCGUAUGUAAGAAUAGCUUAAUACUCGGUGAAUAUGCAGAAUAUGCUCUGUGGCCAUUCGUAGCUAAAGGAUUAAAAUACAUACGGUAUGUAAUUACAAAAGGAAAUCGUAAACUAUGAAUUAUUUUGUAUAUUUUUUUUAAUAAAGAUAUCAAAAAUGGAAAAA